CUUAUGAAAAAAAAAAAUCCCCAUCUCAAAAAUGGUAGUCACUAUUACUCCAACCAUCGAAUCCAACUUUUCAAGCUUUGGCAGGAAUGUAAACACUACCACUACAAAUGGCUCUGCAUUCAGUGACAAUCUGGACAUGGUCGUCCGCUCUGCCUUAAUUGUCAUUCUUUUUAUCACCAUGGUGUCUCUUGGUUGCACAAUGGAGAUAUCAAAGAUCAAGAAUCAUCUCACCAAACCCAAAGGGGUGGCGAUUGCAGUUGGGGCUCAAUUUGGUAUAAUGCCCCUCACAGCCUUCUGCCUAGCAAAGGUGUUUCAAUUAGGUCCUAUGGAGACCUUAGCUGUGCUAAUUUGUGGAUGCUGUCCGGGAGGAAACCUCUCAAACAUCUUUGCUCUGGCUCUUCAGGGAGACAUGAACCUCAGUGUUGUGAUGACUACGUGCUCCACAGCACUGGGAUUGGGUAUGAUGCCCCUCCUGCUCUACCUGUACAGCCAGGGUUUUUCAAACCUGGUGCAGUAUGUUCCUUUCACUGGCAUCACUGUUGCCCUGAUUAUGAUCCUGGUGCCCUGCGGUAUUGGGGUCCUGAUAAACUACAGAGUGCCCCAGUAUUCUAAGAUCAUCGUCCAGGUUGGGUUGAUGGUGAUGCUGAUCUCCUGUGUUGUCAUUGGUGUUCUUGCUGGUAUAUAUGAUGGAGGAAAAGUUUUCACAGUGCUAUCUCCUCAACUUACAGCCACAGCUGCAUUGAUGCCAUUGAUUGGAUUCACAUGUGGAUAUAUCCUGUCCACUCUGUUCAGGAUGAAUGCACCUGGCAGACGUACUGUUUCUGUGGAGGUAGGUUGUCAGAACAUCCAACUGUGUUCCACAAUCCUGAAGGUGGCCUUCCCUGCUGAGCUCAUUGGUCAGCUGUAUUUCUUUCCUAUCCUCUACGUUGUGUUCCAGAUAGUCGAGGCUCUUUUUUUCAUAGUCCUGUUCAGAUGCAUCCAGAAGCUGAGUCCAUCCCAAAAAGAGACACAAGUGCACACAGCAGUGGAAAGAGCAGCUGAAGAAACGAAUGGACCCUCGGACAGUGACAUCUGAGGGGACUCCAUAGUGCUUAUUAAGCUGAAAAAGCAAUUUUAAGACAAAAUAUCACCA